AUGGCGACAACAUCCACAUCGGCGCUCAGCGCGGCCGAGCAGGCCAGCCUGGUCGAGUCGUCCAAGCGCGCGGCGGCGUACGAGGCCGUCAAGGAGCACAUGGACCUCACAUACACGCACGUGGGCAUCGGCUCCGGCAGUACCGUCAUCUACGUCGUCGAGGCAAUCGCCGCCCUCGGCCGCGAGACCACCUCCCGCAUGGCCUUCUUCCCCACGGGCGAGCAGUCGCGCGAGCUCAUCCGCGGCGCCGGCCUGAACCUGCAGUACGUCCAGGACCUGCCCGAGGGCAAGCAGCUCGACGUCUGCUUCGACGGCGCAGACGAGGUCGACGAGGAGCUCAACCUCAUCAAGGGCGGCGGCGCGUGCCUGUUCCAGGAGAAGCUGAUCGUCACCAAGGCGAAGAAGUUUGUCUGUGUCGCUGACUUCAGGAAAAUGUCCGCCAGGCUGGGGACGAGCUGGAAGAAGGGCAUCCCGAUAGAGGUCGUCUACCAGGCCACAGGGCACGUGCUGGCAGAGCUCAAGAAGCUGGGCGCCAUCAACCCCGUGCUGCGCUCCGGCCUGCCGGGCAAGGCGGGCUCGAUAGUGACUGACAACGGCAACUCGCUCAUCGACGCGCCCUUCCCGCCUCUCGCCCUGGCCAAGGACCUCAAGGGCCAGGACGGUGAGAACGGCGUCUGGACCGUUGACGGCCUGGCCGGCAGGCUCAUCAAGAUCGUCGGUGUCGUCGAGGUUGGGCUGUUCGCCGGGGCGAAUGGCUUCCAGGUCGAGAGCAGCGCCCAGAAGCCCGUGGCGGCCUACUUUGGCAUGGCAGAUGGCUCGGUGCAGUCUCGGAAAUGA